AUGUCUAAGUUAAAAUGUGAUAAACUUCAUAGAAUUAAUAAUAAUAAUGAAAAUAUUGGAAAAAUGAAUAGUUCUGUGUCUAUUAUAUAUUCUACAAUAAGAAAGAAUAUACAUUAUAUGAAGGAAGGAACAAAAUUGUAUUAUUCCUUAGUAAAAAUAUUAUUAAUUACGUUUUUUAUUUGUAUAUUUACAAGAUUGAAUCAUGGUCAGUUUUAUGAGAAAUGGAAAAAUAAGCCUAACAUAAAAAGCAUAUGUGGUAGAAGACUUCAUAGAUCCUUGUAUGAAUUCCAAAUAAGUAAUAAUUCAAAAUCUUUUAAUAAUGUUUAUGGAAAUAAUCAAAAUAUACAAAUUGAUAAUUAUAAUAAUGUGAUAGAUUAUUUGGAUGAUUAUUCCCAAAAUGAUGUUUUAAAUAACUCCAAAUCAAUGAUUACAAAUAAUGAAAUAAUAAAUACAAAAUGCAAUGCCCUAUUAAGAAAACAAAGAGUUCUAUAUGAAGAAAAAGGAGAUGUUGUUUUAACAAGUGAAGGUGCUUCAGAAACAUUAGGAGAUAUUCGUAAUAAAUUAAAAACACGAUCAGAAACAACUAAUGGAAAUAUAUAUGAAAGUGGGCUGUAUGGACCAAUGAAAGGAAAAAUAGAUAAUUUAAGUAACAAACCAACAGAUCUUAGAAGAACUAAUAAUACAGAUUAUGGAACAAAAAUAAGAACUCCUCAUAUGAAUGUAAAUGAUAAUAUAAAAAGUAAUAUAAGGGAACCUGAGCCAAGGACUAAAAUUGUUAAUUUAAAAAAUUCUGGCGUAAGUAAAUCACGUGUAGUUGAAUAUGAAGUAGUUCCUAAAAUAGUUACAACUAAAGAUGAGGGAAAUAGAAAAAUUAACAGAGUUGAAUAUGAAAUAAGAGCAAAAUAUGAUACUACAAGAAAAAAUGAGGAAAGUACUAAUGAUACAACAACAAAUGAUACAUCAUCUAAUAUGGAAACAAAAAAUGAACCAGCAAUGAAAAAUCCAAAUGUUACAAAUGAUAUGACGAAACCAAAAACGGAUACUACACAACAAAUUAGAUUAAAUAGUAAAAGUAAUAAUAUGAACGGUGUCAAAUCAAACGUUACUACUUCUAAAGAAACGCCAUUGGAAAAACCAAGUAAUACUGUUGAAAACAAGGAGGGAAAGAAUCCAUUUAUAGAUAAUGAUCUAUCAGAUAAAAAAAGUAACAUGCAAGAUAAUAAUAAAGGAUUAAAAGUUACAACUAAUAAAACUAAUCUUAAAAAUAAAUUAGGAAAUAAUACAAAACAAAUAAAACAAGGUGCUAAUCCAUUUAUAGAAAAUGAUGUAUCAGAUAAGAAAGAUAACUUGCAAGAUAGUAAUAAAGGAUUAAACGUUACAACUAAUAAAACUAAUGAUAAAACUAAAUUAGAAGAUAAUACAAAACAAAUAAAAAAAGGUACUAAUCCAUUUAUGGAUGAAGAUGAAUUAGAAGAGCUACUUAGACUUGAAAGAGAAGAAAAGAUUAAAAACGAGAAAAAAAAAAAUGAAGAUGAUAAUCAAAAUAAAAAAAGUAACAUGCAAGAUAAUAAUAAAGGAUUAAAAGUUACAACUAAUAAAACUAAUCUUAAAAAUAAAUUAGGAAAUAAUACAAAACAAAUAAAACAAGGUGCUAAUCCAUUUAUAGAAAAUGAUGUAUCAGAUAAGAAAGAUAACUUGCAAGAUAGUAAUAAAGGAUUAAACGUUACAACUAAUAAAACUAAUGAUAAAACUAAAUUAGAAGAUAAUACAAAACAAAUAAAAAAAGGUACUAAUCCAUUUAUGGAUGAAGAUGAAUUAGAAGAGCUACUUAGACUUGAAAGAGAAGAAAAGAUUAAAAACGAGAAAAAAAAAAAUGAAGAUGAUAAUCAAAAUAAAAAAAGUAAUCCAAGUAGCCAAAAUAAAACAAAUAGUCAAAAUAAGCAGAAUAGCCAAGAUAAAACAAAUAAACAAAGUAAAUUAGAUACACAAAAUGGAAAAAAUGAAAAAAAUGAAAAAAGUAUUCCAAACAAAUUAGAUAGUCAAAAUGGAAAAAAUGAAAAAAAUGAAAAAAGUAUUCCAAAUAAAUUAGAUAGUCAAAAUGGAAAAAAUGAAAAAAAUGAAAAAAGUAUUCCAAAUAAAUUAGAUAGUCAAAAUGGAAAAAAUGAAAAAAAUGAAAAAAGUAUUCCAAAUAAAUUAGAUAGUCAAAAUGGAAAAAAUGAAAAAAAUGAAAAAAGUAUUCCAAAUAAAUUAGAUAGUCAAAAUGGAAAAAAUGAAAAAAAUGAAAAAAGUAUUCCAAAUAAAUUAGAUAGUCAAAAUGGAAAAAAUGAAAAAAAUAUUCCAAAUAAAUUAGAUAGUCAAAAUGUACCAAAUAAACAAAAUAUUCCAAAUAAAUUAGAUAGUCAAAAUGUAAAAAAUGAAAAAGAUACUCCUAAUAAAUUAGAUAAUGAGAACAAAGAAAAUACACAAAGCAAUAAAAACUUAAAUGCGAAAAAAAGUGAUAUUGGAACAAAUGGUAAAUCAAACAUAGAGACAUCUCAAGAUAAACAAUUAACUACAAAAAACAAUGAUGAAAAUAAGAAUACUGUAAAGAAUUCAAAGUUUAAAGACGCUUUAUUAGAAGUAACCAAAGAUAUUGAACAUGGAAUUAGUUCAGAUAUGCUUAAUAAAAAUCAAAAAGGAAAACAAUUAAAAAGUGAAUCUUUAAAAAAAAAUGAAUUAGAAAAUAAAAAUACAAAAAAUAUGGAUGGUAAUAAAAAUGAAUUCGAAAAAGGGUAUGAUCUAAAAACAGAAUGCAAAAGAGAUUUUAAUAUAUCACAAGAAAGUGGUUUAGAUUAUAAGGAUGAAUAUGAUGGAGAGUUUAAUAAAGAGUAUGAUAGUUAUUCUGAUACAGGUUCCACAACUAUGGAAUACGAUGAAUAUUAUAAUGAAACUUACAAUUCAGAUGAAUAUGAUGAUAAUUAUGUAGGAAAUCCAAUGAAAUUAUUUACCAGUGAUAUCAUGAAUAAUUAUGGAAAUAUUAAAAGUGGAUUAAAACAUAAUACAAAUAAAAUUGCAAAGACUGUAUUAAAAGGUAUAGAUGAUGAAGAGUCAUCUAAUAAAGGAAAGAAUGAAAAUAAGAAAAAAAAAAAAAAAGAUAAAAUUGUAAUUGAUAAGGAUGAUACAUCUGAUAAUGUUUCUUUGAAUUCAACGGAUCCAGAAUUAUAUUAUAAUAAUGAUGAUUAUUAUGGAAAUGGUAAUAAUUAUGAAAAUGGUAGUUAUUAUGAUAGUGAUACGUACAGCAAUAUUGAUGAUUCUGAGAGUGGUGAUGAUAAUCCUAUUACAGUUCUUGCGUCAGAAAUAGUUGAUGCAUGUGGAAAUAUAAAAGGGGGGGCUUUAAAAGUUAAAGAUCUAAUUACUGAAGGAGGACCACAACUUUUAGAUCUGACAGCAAAUGUUGUGGGGACCAAGACAAAAGAUGGACUAAACAAAGUAAAAGAUAUUGUUAGUAAGAAAUGUGGUAUUGAUGUAGAAUCUGAUAUCGAUAUAGAGACUGAAACGAACCCAUUGAAAUGGCAUCAAGUUGUAAGAAACAAAUAUAGAAAAUUGCAUUUUGGAUGGAAGUUGUUUGUAAAUAUUAGCCCCCCAGCUGCAUUAGCAAUUAUAGGAACUGCAGUUGCUAUAAUUCCUAGUGGCGCCUCAUUUUGCGCAAUACCAUUUGCGCUUAUGGCAGGAAUUCUUUUUUUUCAAGUUUAUAGAUUAACAAAAAAACAUUAUUAUAAUAGGAAAAAAACAGUUACUAAAAAGAUAUUAUAG